AUGCGGCCGCAGCUGUUUCGUGCGGCCGCCCGGUCUCUCCGGGUCCCCAGGGCCCGAGCCUUCGCUACAACGGCUCCUCGCGCGGCCGAGGUCGAACUCACCAUUGAUGGCAAGAAGAUCUCUGUGGAAGCCGGUUCGGCUCUCAUCCAGGCUUGCGAGAAAGCCGGAGCAACUAUUCCUAGAUACUGCUAUCACGAAAAACUGUUGAUUGCAGGAAACUGUCGUAUGUGUCUCGUCGAAGUCGAACGAGCCCCGAAACCUGUGGCCUCGUGCGCCUGGCCCGUCCAGCCCGGAAUGGUUGUGAAGACGAAUUCGCCGCUGGUUCACAAGGCGCGAGAGGGUGUGACGGAGUUCCUUCUUGCCAACCACCCUCUUGAUUGCCCUGUCUGCGACCAGGGAGGAGAGUGUGAUCUCCAGGACCAGUCGAUGCGUUACGGUGCCGAUCGUGGACGGUUCCACGAAACCGGUGGCAAACGUGCUGUGGAGGAUAAGAACAUUGGCCCCCUGGUCAAGACCUCCAUGAACCGCUGUAUCCACUGCACUCGCUGCGUUCGAUUCAUGAACGACGUCGCGGGUGCACCUGAGCUGGGAACCGCUGGCCGAGGAAACGACAUGCAGAUCGGGACUUACCUGGAGCAGAACCUGAACUCUGAAAUGUCGGGUAACAUCAUUGAUCUGUGCCCUGUCGGUGCCCUGACAUCCAAGCCCUAUGCUUUCCGUGCUCGCCCUUGGGAACUGAAGCACACGGAGUCGAUCGAUGUCCUCGACGCACUGGGCUCCAACAUUCGGAUUGAUAGCCGGGUCACGGUUCGCUUGCGAUGGCUUGAAGACUCAACGUCUUACCACCCCCUGAUUCGUCGCGAUGGAAAGUUCGUUCCCGCGACUUGGGAGCAGGCCCUUGUUGAGAUCUCGGCCGCCCAGCAGAAGCUGCAGUUGCAACCCAAUGAGUUCAAGGCUAUAGCUGGACACCUGGUGGAUGCCGAAUCGCUGGUCGCCAUGAAGGAUAUGGCCAACAAGCUGGGAUCGGACAACCUUGCUCUUGACCAACCCGGCGGAGGCGCGCCUAUUGCUCACGGCAUCGAUGUUCGCUCCAACUACCUGUUCAACUCAAAGAUAUAUGGCAUUGAGGAUGCGGAUGCUAUCUUACUUGUUGCCACUAACCCUCGUCACGAAGCUGCUGUUCUCAACGCCCGCAUCCGCAAGCAGUAUUUACGGUCUGACUUGGAAAUCGGCCUUGUCGGUGAGGAUUUCGAGAGCACCUUCGACUAUGAGCACUUGGGUGCCGAUGUGUCUGCCCUCAAGACUGCCUUGUCUGGAGAGUUCGGCAAGAAGCUCGGCGCUGCUCAGCGCCCUAUGAUCGUUGUAGGUAGCGCAGCCGCCGAGCACCCCGACGCAAAGGCCAUUUUCGAGGCAGUUGGCAGCUUUGUAGAGAAGCACACCGGCAUCUUUAACGCUCCCGAGUGGCAAGGCUACAACGUUCUGCAGCGUGCUGCUUCCCGUGCCGGCGCCUACGAAGUAGGAUUCACUGCACCAUCCCCGGAGGUUGCCCAGACCACUCCCAAGAUGAUCUGGCUCUUGGGUGCGGAUGAGAUCGCGCAGAGCGAUAUUCCCAAGGAUGCCUUUGUCGUCUAUCAGGGUCAUCACGGUGACCGAGGCGCUCAGCUCGCCGAUAUCGUUCUCCCUGGUGCCGCCUACACUGAGAAGUCUGCCACUUACAUCAACACUGAGGGCCGCGUUCAGGUCACUCGUGCGGCCACAUCGCUACCCGGCGCUGCUCGUGAUGAUUGGAAGAUCAUUCGCGCUACUAGCGAGUUCCUUGGAGUCCCUCUCCCCUACGAUGAUAUUGAGGCCCUCCGUGACCGUAUGGAGGAUAUCAGCCCUGUGAUGCGCCGCUACGAUGUUGUUGAGUCCACUUCCGUCGGCAUAUUGAGCAAGGUACAGCUGGCCGAUCAGAAUAAGGGCGCUCCUGCCACUGGAGCUCCUUUCAAGAAGGUCAUCGAGGACUUCUUCUUCACCGAUGCUAUCUCUAGAAGCUCACCCACCAUGGCCCGUUGCUCAGCCUCCAAGGCAACCGGCAACCCCGAGACCAACUUCAUGGCCGCCGGAGAAAUGUCUCCGCAGGCGCUGUACGGCUAA